AUGAAAGGAAUAAAAUCAGUGGGCCAGGUCAUAUAUUUCACAGCUGUAUUCCCUUUCGUGAUCUUGUUUAUCCUGCUUAUCAGAGGAUUAACUUUACAAGGCGCUUGGACGGAGUCUACUUUUACAUUGGCCCAAGUGGGGUCAGCUAAGGAACUUGCAGGCUGCGUUUUGAAGAAGCCGUCAUACUUUUUCAGCAAGAAAUAA